AUGGGCGGCCAAGUCUCGAAGCUCAUGGGCAAGAUCUUUGGAUCGAAGGAGAUGAGAUUGCUCAUGCUUGGAUUGGAUGCUGCCGGAAAGACAACCAUUCUCUAUAAGCUCAAGCUAAACCAGGACGUCACCACCAUCCCGACCGUCGGCUUCAAUGUCGAGACCGUGACAUACAAGAAUGUCAAAUUCAACGUGUGGGAUGUUGGUGGUCAGGACAAAAUCAGGCCAUUGUGGAGACAUUAUUUCUCAGGCACACAAGGAUUGAUUUUUGUUAUUGACUCAAAUGACCGUGCCCGUAUCGAUGAAGCCCGUCAGGAACUACACAGAAUCAUCCUCGAUCGUGAAAUGAAGGAGGCCCUCCUAUUAGUUUUUGCCAAUAAACAAGAUAUCCCCGGAGCUAUGAGUCCACAAGAAGUCACUGAAAAACUGCAACUCUCUCAACUCAAGGACAGGAUAUGGUACGUCGUACCAACCUGUGCCACCACAGGAGAAGGCUUAUUCGAAGGACUGGACCACCUAAAACUUCUAAAUAAAUAA